AUGACCCUCAUCCUCGGCGACUGCGACGAGUUCCGCAAGAUCAAACCUAAGAAUUCAAAACAGCCAGAGCGGGAGGAGAAACGAGUCCUUGGUCUAGUGUUGCUACGAGGAGAAAACCUGGUGUCCAUGACAGUUGAAGGGCCACCUCCAAAAGAUACUGGAAUUGCCCGGGUACCUCUUGCUGGAGCUGCUGGAGGACCUGGAGUUGGGAGAGCAGCUGGGAGAGGAGUACCAGCUGGUGCACCCAUGCCACAGGCUCCAGCAGGAUUAGCUGGCCCUGUCAGAGGAGUGGGAGGACCAUCCCAGCAGGUGAUGACACCUCAAGGCCGUGGAACAGUUCCCCCUCCCCCCCCCCCAGCCACUGCUAGCAUAGCAGGAGCCCCGACUCAGUACACGCCAGGACGUGGGGGUCCUCCUCCACCCAUGAGUAGAGGAGCACCUCCUCCAGGAAUGAUGGGACCUCCUCCAGGCAUGAGACCACCUAUGGGCCCACCAAUGGGAAUGCCGCCUGGCCGUGGUGCUCCUAUGGGGAUGCCUCCACCAGGCAUGAGACCGCCACCCCCAGGAAUGAGAGGACCCCCUCCACCUGGCAUGCGCCCACCAAGGCCAUAGGAUAUUCUGUAAUGUACCUGUGAACUGUGAGAAGACUGGUUAAGGGAAUAUACUGAGCAGUACCACCUGUCCAAACUUUGUUAUGUAUAUUUUCUAUUUACUGCUUGUAAAGCUCACCUUUUUUAAUAAAGCUGGAAAACCUUA